UACAAGUUAUGUAAACAUUUUUUUCUCUCCCGAAGAUGGAGACACAUGAGACCACGACUUGCAUAAGGGAAAUCUUAUUUAAUUUUCGGGAAGGGGUGAUUGAUGCAGAUGAAUGCUUUUGUAUGGUAGUUUCUCUUGAUGGAUACGAUUCAACCAGACAGCAUUUUCUGAAAAAGAUAGACUUCUUACAACUCACCAGUCCACAAAAGUUCAACGAACUUCGUAACAUUUAUAUAACUUACUUUGAACAACCUCCAUCGAAAACGUUUACGGAUCCAGUGGGUUGUAGUGUUGAAAAUGGAUACUUGUCUAGUGAUUUUGGGUAUGAAUUAGACAUAGAACUUGCAUCUGCUCUUUCUGUGAACGAUCCAACAGAAACAGGUGCCUGGUCUUCUUAUGCUGAUGUAUUACAUGACAGUUCAGCAGGAGCGAGCACCUCAAAAAAAGAAACGAAGGAUGCGGGAGUGCCACAUCGAAGUACAGAAACCCACAUUACCUCUAAUAACAUCACGACAAAUGAAAUACCCAGUCCUGGAAAGGGUUCUAAAAAGAGGAAAAAUAGGGUUAAAACUAAUGGACGUGGUUACAGCAGUCAACAAAAGAGACCUGUGUUAUACUGGAUCAGGAGAGACCUCCGUCUGUACGACAACCCAGCACUGUGUGAAGCAGCCAGUAUGAACGUGCCAGUCAUACUGGUUUACCUGUGGUCAGAAUUGGAAGAGGAUCCAGAUAAUGUGGUGGCUGCUGGGGGUGCCACUAAGUUAUGGUUACAUCAUGCUUUGAAGGAACUAGACAAAUCAAUUACUGAUGCAUAUGGAAAUAAGAUAAUAUACAGGAAAACAGACUCCUGUCUAAAUGAAAUCAUGGAAUUGGUCAAAGAAACUGGUUGCCAAACCCUUGUGAUGAAUGACAUAUAUGAGCCAUUUCUCAAACAGAGAGAUGAUAAAAUCUGUGAAGAACUCCAGAAAAGAGGCAUUAGCUGCAAGCGAUUCCACUCCUACCUGUUGUAUGAACCGGGUACUGUAUCCACUGAAUCCAUGGGGAUGAGAGGCAUCGGCUCAGUCACUCACUUCCUGGAGUGUUGUAAGCAAUCGUCCACUCAGUCUAUUGGUCAUCCUCUAGACAGACCUGGCACAGUGCUGAAACCUGACCACUAUCCUGCCAGCAUGUCUCUGAUGGACCUGGGACUGGCAACGAUGCCAAGGAGAAAAGAUGGAACAAUUAUUAAUUGGGCAGCACCCAUUGUGGAUAAAUGGAACUUUGGAGAGGAUGGAGCUUGGGAAGCAUUAGAGUGUUUCUUAUCUGAAGGUGUCAGGAGAUAUGAGAAGGAAUCAUGCCGUGCAGAUCAUCUGAACACCUGUAGGAUUUCCCCCUAUCUGCACUUUGGUCAGAUCAGUCCCAGGGCUGUUCUAGAGGAGGCCAGACACAUGAAAUCCCCAAAGUUCCUGCGGAAGUUGGCCUGGAGAGACCUGUCGUACUGGUUGUUGUCGAUGUGGCCUGAUUUACCUUCACAGCCCACCAGAGUACACUAUAGGAAUCAGGUCUGGAACAACAAUAGAGUUCACCUGAAGGCCUGGCAGAGGGGCAGGAUGGGUUUCCCUCUGGUGGACGCCGCAAUGAGGCAGCUCUGGUUGGAGGGGUGGAUCAAUAACUACCUCAGGCAUGUAGUGGCCUCCUUUCUCAUCUCCUACCUGCGCAUUCACUGGGUGGAGGGGUACAGGUGGUUCCAGGAUACCCUGCUGGAUGCUGAUGUCGCCAUUAAUGCUAUGAUGUGGCAGAAUGGGGGCAUGAGUGGGCUGGAUCAGUGGAAUUUUGUCAUGCAUCCCGUAGACGCCGCCUUGACUUGUGACCCCGAUGGCACUUAUGUCAGAAGAUGGUGUCCGGAGAUUUCCUCCCUCCCAAACGAUUUCAUACAUCAGCCCUGGAAAUGCCCACCCUCUAUUCUGAGACGAUGCUGUAUAAAGCUAGGAGAAACGUAUCCUGAACGGAUCAUCACGGAUCUGGAGGGAGCCAGGGAGCAGUCAUUAGCGGACGUUGUUGCUGUCCGUAAGAAACACCCGGAGUACGUAGACAGACGAUCCGGAAACGACCUGGUGUCGCUCCCUAACGGUAUGUGUCUCCCAGUCAUCACGAGAAUGGAGUUCAAAUACAAGCUUCACCACCCCGAGGCUAGAGACAACCCCCACACGGCCGUGCUUAGAGGGUACCGUUCCCGGAAGAGAGACGAGGCCAUUGCCUUUGCCAAUGAAAGAGACUUUAUGGCUAGCACUAUGAAAGAAUGUGUACAGAUGAACGAACGGAAAUUUAGAGCGACUAAACUUCAAGUACUUUCAUGACAAAGUAGAGGGGUUUUUUUUCUCUUGGCUUGGGUUACCUUCACACCUUAGCGAACAUAACUGUAUUGAGUGUAGGGGCUUUUGUGAUAUAAUUCAAUAAAGAUAUGAAACAUUGCA